AUGUCGACUCGAGGACCAUCUAAACGAUUCUUGAUUCGAGAAAUGGAUCAAAGCGUUAAACGAAUGUUACAACUAAUCGGGGAAGAAGGAGAUUCAUUCGCUAAAAAAGCCGAAAUCUAUAUCCAAAAAAGACCCAUACUCGUAGCACAAGUCGAAGAUUUUUAUCGUAUGUUUAGAUCGUUAGCCGAACAUUAUGAAAACGCUACGUCCGAGUUAAGGCGAGUUAACGCUUUGGAAAUGCAAUCACAACGCUCGAGCGUUACCGACUUUGCUUCCGAACCACCAUCAGCGAUGACGUCACCCGAGCAUCGGUUAUCCCGUAGGUUGUCGGGUAUUCCGACAGCUUGUUUCGAUAUGAUGGGAAACAACGCUACCGGAUUUGAUUCGGAAUCAGAUUCGGAUGAUUCGUUUUUUAAUACUACGACUUAUACUUAUUCAAGCUCUUUGGGUUAUGGAAAUUAUAAACGGUUACGAAAGAAAGCGGCCGAGUUGGAGGCCGCGCUAAAAAGGCUUCGGAUCGAACAAGAAAUAAAAAAAUCCAGCUCGGAAUUAGUCGCGGAUUACGAGGAGCAACUUCGUGUCGCGAAAGAAAAUAUAAAAUCUUCGGAAAAAGAAAUUGGCGAGUUGAAAGCGAAGCUAGAAAAGUACGAGUCGAUGGAGCCCAUAGAUGAUUUUACCGAGGAAUCGGUUAACAGGAUUUGUGCACUCGAGGAAAAACUCGAUGGGGCCGAAGAAGACGUUAAACGACUUCGGCAAGAACUCGACACAAACGGCGAGGUACGAGAUGAUCCGAAUGAAAUGCGAGAUGUGAUCGAGCAAUUAAGAUUGGAACGAGAGGACUUUAUUGAGAAAGUGAACGAGUUAGAAGAAGAAAUUAGGUUAAAAGAUGAUCAACUCGAAGGAAUGAAUGAUCGAUUGAAUAAACUUUACACUGAAUAUGAGGAAUGUAGGAAGUCGAUAGAGGAAUUGAAGUGUCAAGGUCGAGAACUAGAGGAAGUUGUAGAGAAGCAACGCAAGGUGAUCGAAGAAGGCGAUGAGGAAAAACAACAAGCAGUAAGUCAAUUGGUAUUUUCGUUAGAACAUUAUAGGAAUGCAUAUAAAAUGCUUCGAAAAAAUCUUUUGGAACAUAAAACGCCUGUAAUGGCAUCAUAA